UGAUGUUCCCUAAUUAACCCCAAUGUCGAUUUUGUGAAAGAUUCUUGAUCGAUCGUCCUCUCGCUCGCUUUUGUACAGUAUAGAACUAGCUAGCUAUGAACUAAAGAAGCCUACAAGAAGAAUUCUUAGACUUGCUAUGCUGUCAAAUGGUGCCCUUGAGCACCGCCUACCUUUCAAGCUUGGAUCUCCACUAAAGAAUGGUUUGAUACCUAACGGCAUCAGCACGGACAUGAAUAGCGAAGAGGUCCGUACACUGUUUGUGAGUGGUCUCCCUAUGGACGUCCGCCUCAGGGAGCUGUACCUCCUCUUCAGGUGUUACGAGGGUUAUGAAGGCUCUUUCCUGAAGCUGAUCAGCAGUAAGCCAGGGAAGCCUCCCCAGCCCAUAGCUUUUGUCAGUUUCACCGCCAGAGCACUGGCCGAGAGAGCACUUGAGGAACUACAGGGUAUUCGAUUUGAUCCGGCCAGCUCCCAGACACUGCGUCUAGAGUUUGCACGGACUAACAGUAGAGUCUCUCCCAAGCAGCAACAGACCCAGGUACAGCAGCAACAGCAACAGCAGUCUCAUGCAGCGCCCCAGGUCCAGCAUCCCAUGGCCGUCCCACAACAGACCAACCACCCUGUCUACUAUCACUCGUACCCGACUGCCGUCAACAAAGAUGGCAUGUAUUCUCUCUACUGUCUGCCUCCCUCCUCCCCGACAGCUUUUGCCAUGGCAGCAGCGCAGGCCCCAAGCCACAGUCAUCAGAAUCUCUUUGGACUCACGACGGAUAACAGCGGGUGGUCCCAUAGAAUGCUCCCCAUGAACUACCACCAGAACUUGUCCCACGUCUCCACGCCCUCCCCCACCCUCUCACCCGCCCCCUCAACCCCACACCUCUCAGUGCUCAACAUACUAUCAGACUCGGACUCUUCAGUGUACAACUCUCCAUCUCACACCCCCACUCAAGCCCUGGAGAACAACUACUACUACUCAGUGCCGUCAACGAGCAGUCCAGUCCCACUAGAGUACCCUCCAGAGUACUCUACUAGCCAGCCCUGUUCCACUCUGUUUGUGGGCAACCUGGACAAUCAGACAAGCGAGAUAGAGGUUGGGGAGCUCUUCAGGAGCUGUGAAGGUUUUGUCAAAGUCAAGCUGGUGUCGAGAGUAGGCCCUCCAGUCGCCUUUGUUGAAUUCAACAACAUUGAUUGUGCUGAGAUGGCCAUGAGCAAUCUACAAGGCAGUACGCUGUCUAGCUCCAGCAGGAUGAGCGGCAUCAGGAUAGAGUAUGCCAGGCAGAAAAUGGGAGAGGUGAGAAGCCCUCCCUCGGACACAGCUGAGGCCAUUCAGAACAUCACCAGCUCAGCUGCCAGUCUCGCAAUAACACAGUCCAACCCAGCCCCCAAUGUAGACACACCCCUACUCAGCUCAGUUCUGCCGGUGGAUAUCGAUCCUGCUGUUGUGUCAACCGGACUAGCCCAAACUCUCCCUCUCCCAUCAGGAUUCCAUCUUGAUUUACAGCCCGGAAAUAAUUCAAUGCCAGCGAUGAAACCGGAACAGUACAUACAGCAAGGCUCAAUGCCGUUGCCAGCCUUCCCCGUGCAGCAAGGAAUGCAGGGAAUGCAAGGAAUGCAAGGAAUGGACCCAGCACAUCACAGCUAUAGUCUGCCCAGACAGAGCCCCGUACAAUCAAUAAGCAGUUUGGUGACGCAGAAUUUAAGUGCCAGUGGUGGCUCUCCCCAAAGACUUGAUUACGGAUCACUAGCCCCUCAGAAUAACCGAUUUCUCUACGGGCCUCAAGCCUAUGCCGGGAUUUCAAGAUACCAAGGAGGUAUGGUACCAGGAACGAUUGGUAUCAAUCAACAAGGCCAAAUGUUUGUCAACGGAUAUGUCCAAGGGAUGCCACAGUCCUGGCCCUACCCCAAGCAACCAUAUUAAUGGACUCUUAACUUACUCGACGAUAAUUAUAGGUUACAGUAUUUUGUGUAAUUAUUACUGGCUUUUAUGUAGUCAAGCACCCCCUUUACGCUGUUGUUUUGUUCAGUAAGCAGGGUUCAGUAAGCAGGCACCAUUAUUUUGUUUCAAGCAGAAAGACUGGGCAAGCACUCAGAGUUUGUGUUUUCUGGUGGCUAUAUCAUUUGUGUCCGGCAUGCACCUGGCCACUUUCUGCAUUCACUGUUUGUGCUAUUCAGUACACUAGCAGUCAUUAUGUUGUACAGUCAAACACCUGUUGAUUACUUAUUUAUCUUCUUACAUGCAAUAAUAAAUUGAUUAUGAUGUCGUUUUUGCUGCUGCAGUUAUUGAAACUGUCAUAAAGAGUUUAUACAAAUUA